CCUCUGCGAGGACUGUUGAAAAGUCCAAAUGGAAAUGGGUCCUACUGCUUAGUAGUCCUCUAGUUUGUGCCGAAGGGAAGAGGAGGAGGACGAACGAAGAAGAAGAGGAAGCAAAGCUGUCCCCACCAUACUCUUUCCUUCUUCAACUCUCUCUCUGUCUGAGAAGAUUAGUUAAUUUGGGUCCAACUUCAGGCCAUGUUAAUGUUGUUAUUGUUGAUAACUACUAACCCAUCAACAAGAAGAACAUAAAGAUUGAAGAUGGGCAAUUGCGUGGGACGUCAGCCUUGUAAUUCUGAUCCUGAUCCCGAUCCCAGCACCACGAUUCCGCCCUCCACUCCAGGGACGUCUAACGGCUACAGCAAUGGCGGCGUGUUGUCGGCGACGACGAGCAGCAGCGCCGGCCAAAGCCAGUUCUCGGCGGCGGCGGCGAGCGAUGAUGCCUGUUUGACUGGAGAAAUACUGCCGGCGCCCAAUUUGAAGGUUUACAGCGUUGCGGAUUUGAAGACUGCGACGCGGAAUUUCAAAUCGGAUAUGGUUUUGGGGAUUGGGGGUUUUGGGACAGUGUACAAGGGAUGGGUGGAUGAGAAGACGCUUGCGCCCUCCAAACUUGGGGCUGGAAUGCUUGUGGCCAUCAAGAAAUUGAACCCUGAAAGCUUGCAGGGCUUUGAAGAGUGGCAGUCAGAAGUGAAUUUUCUAGGAAGACUUUCUCAUCCUAAUUUGGUGAAGCUGCUGGGUUACUGCUGGGAGGAUCAAGAUUUGCUACUCAUAUAUGAAUUCAUGCCGAAAGGAAGCUUAGAAAACCAUCUUUUCAGAAGUAAGAACUUAAAAGGAAACAAGAUAGCAGCAAAAAGAAAAGAAGAACUUGUUUGUCUGGUGUUAUGUUGUAUUGAAUGCCGGAUUUUUUUUUUUUGUUCAGGGAGAUCUGUCACGGAACCCCUAUCUUGGAAUGUGAGACUCAAAAUAGUCAUUGGUGCUGCACGAGGCCUCGCUUUCUUACACGCCUCUGAUAAGCAAGUCAUUUACAGGGACUUCAAAGCAGCUAACAUACUGCUUGAUUCGAAUUACAAUGCAAAAAUAUCAGAUUUUGGCUUAGCAAAAUUGGGGCCAUCAGGUGGAAACACGCACGUGACAACACGAGUUAUGGGUACUUAUGGUUAUGCUGCUCCAGAAUACAUUGCAACAGGUCAUUUAUACGUGAAGAGUGAUGUGUAUGGUUUCGGAGUUGUGCUUCUGGAGAUUUUGACAGGCUUACGGGCACUUGAUACUAAUCGGCCUAGAGGAGAGCAUAACCUGGUUGAUUGGGCAAGGCCCUUUCUCUUAAACAAAAAGAAGCUGAAAUCGAUAAUGGAUUCACGGUUAGAAGGGCAAUAUUCUUCUAAGGCAGCAUUUCAGGCUGCUCAACUUAUAUUAAAAUGCCUGGAAACAGAACCUAGAAAGCGGCCCUCUAUGCAAGAAGUUGUGGAGGUCUUGGAACAGAUAGAUUCUAUGAAGAUAAAACCGAAAGAAUUCAAAAGCAAUUUUACCACUCUUUCUGCACCUCAUAGCAAUGGACACCGACCUAUUCAUCAUCAUCGUUCCCCACUACACUCACGCUACCGUGGCUUUGGAACAGGAGCUGACACACAGAAACAGUAAUCCCAUCCAGUGCUGAUAAAACUGGAUCAGAGAAAGUGUAAGUUGACACAAGUGUUGCGCUCUUUUUCCAUUCCAUAGAUUAUUUGUGGAAUCAUUUUUUUUUUUACAUUUUCUUGAAAUUCUUUCUUCAGUUUCUCUGGUAGUUCAAUUUGUAUUUAUCUAUAUCGGUUGAGUGUUGUAAAAUGGAAACUCCGAUUUUCAUAAUGUGAAUAUGUCAGCAGUCUUGGAAAUGUGAGUGCUCCUAUUGAGUUAUUGACAAAGAGAGUUACAGAUGACUGGUGGUUGGAAAAUCAGUUACAAAUUUGCAUUCUCCUUC